GCGAAGAGCAUUAUCCCCCUUUCUACGAGUCUCGUUAUAUGCAGGCUUUUUGGUGGCGGCAUCCCAUACCUUCCUCGGUAUUGCAAUGAUGCGUUUGUCCAUCUUUCAUCAACAACCGGAAAUGGAGGGAUACCCCGACAUUGUAAUUGACACAUCCAAGUCAUCCAUUCUAUGGCACCAGCUCCGUCUUGUCGUACUUGGGUUAUCUAUCGUUCUACACGACCUCAUUCUUCUCUGGAGGCUAUGUUUUAUCUGGGAAUUCUCUUUAAGAGUCUGUGCUGGACCAGCACUCUGCUGGGUGGUUUAUUCGGGUGGGUUGAAAGCUUCGAUAGAAUAGUCAAGUUUCUGAUCUCCGAGGAGUCUUAGCAUUAUGUUUCACUUGGAACGUCUUUUUUUUCACGUCAGCG